UAUCAUGUACCAUCCUGGAAUGUAUCAGCGGAUGCAGCAUUCUCAGUACAGAAUGCCGCCGCAACACCAGUUACCCCGACACCAAUACUCGCCACACGUUCGAUACCAAGGUGAUAUGCAACAGCCCAACAAGCGUAGAAAGGUUGAACUAAGUACAGACGACAAGAGAUUUUUGGGGGCUUUUCAACAGCGAGUCGGUCUUCGGCGAAAGGACACCGCUCGACAAACGGUCGCUCAAACAUUGGAAAAGCUCGGAAACGUGUACAAAUUGUUAGAGAAAUGUAAAGACAACCUCAGUGACGUUGAUGUUGCAAAAAAGCUGGAGGAAUCCAGUGCUCAAGUAACAAAAGUGUGCACGAAACAGAACAUGAGUCAUCUCAAGAAGAUCAUAGUUCAGAGACACAAGAAGAAAGUUAACAAUGCAGAGAAAAGAAACGCGAAAAUAGCCGCUCUAGCCCUCGAAAUAGACCAUUGGAGGGCCACUAUGCUGGCUCAAGAUAAGAAGAAAAAGGAGGACGAUGAGCUCUGCAGCACGGCGGGGAACACACUUCAACAAGUAUUGCAGAAACAGAGACAAACCAAACGUUUACUGGACACUGUCAAACUUCUAGUUGAUCUCCGAGAUAUCAGAAAACAGCAGUCUGCUAGACGCCAUGGAACAUUCGUCGAGCCGGAGGUGGACCAGAGAUUUGAUAGAAACGUCAGUAAAAUUAAAGAAGUCAUCAAAGAAAAACUUGAGACGUUUUAUGCUGAAGAAAAGACAAUAAAAGUUUUGAUGGAUUCAAAUGAAGCUGACAUUUGGGGAGUAGAGAAGAAGCUUAGACAACUCGAGCAUAUUCCUGAUAACGUUAUCGAUUACAGCAGCGUAUAUCUGGAAAUCCAAUACAAUCCUCGCAAACUUGUAGAAAUAAGGCGAGAAUGGGACGAUUACCUGUGUGCGCCAGGGACCCCAGCAGGUACCCGCAUUCCUACAACCACCCUGCUGCCUCCCUCUAACCCCAGUCCUCAAUGGGGACAAUACUUGCGAGUUGAAAGUAGCCACUCCCCCUCUACUUCUCACCAACCCCCGCCACCCCCAAUGGAACCAAUACCUAAAAGUUGAGAUACUUGGUUCCAAUACCUACAAGUUGAGAUACUUGGUUCCAAUACCUACAAGUUGAGAUACUUGGUUCCAAUACCUACAAGUUGAGAUACUUGGUUCCAAUACCUACAAGUUGAGAUACUUGGUUCCAAUACCUACAAGUUGAGAUACUUGGUUCCAAUACCUACAAGUUGAGAUACUUGGUUCCAAUACCUACAAGUUGAGAUACUUGGUUCCAAUACCUACAAGUUGAGAUACUUGGUUCCAAUACCUACAAGUUGAGAUACUUGGUUUACAUACCAACUACGAUGAGCGUCGUUUGAAUAUAAACAUUUGGAAUGACUAAGCUGUGCCUGAAUAUCACCGAGGUGGAAAAUGUUGACUAUCAUGAUUCUUUUACAAGUCGUAGGUGUAAUGCUUUUGAGUUUUGACUGAAUAUUUUAUUGACUAUUAGCUAUGGUGGCCCUCGGUCGGAACUUAAAAAGUUGACUGUGAAAUGAAAUAUGCUACAUGUUUCAGCGAAAAUAAAACUUGCAUUCGAGCACACGAUUUUUGCGGGGCUAAUUUAAAAAAUUCUUGCUGCUGCUAUUCUUUAGGUUAUUUAUUGCCACAUUCUAUACAAGCAAUAUUUUAUUUGUGUUAUGAUGAUCAUUGAUAAUUUCAAAUUAUUUGAAUUAAACUGAAGUUCCCAAAUUCAC